GAGAGCGAGAGAAAGUGAGAGUGAAAAAACGCGGGCUUUCUGCUGUUGCUGACACUCCCGACUCUGUUGCAGAACGAAAAGUGUACAAGAAUACACGUUUGUUGGAUCAUUAUAAGUAGUCACCGAAACAUGCAGGUAAAACUAAAAUUGAUUGCCGCUGCCUGCGAUAACAUGGGAAUCGGUAUCAACGGAGAUUUACCAUGGCGCUUGAGGAAAGAAAUGGACUUUUUUACAAAAAUGACAUCCACUACAAAGGAUCCUAACAAACAAAAUGUCGUUUUGAUGGGUAGAAAAACGUGGGAAAGCAUUCCAAAAAAGUACAAGCCACUGGCAAACAGGAUUAACGUGGUGCUUUCUUCACAGCCACUCGAUCUUGGAAAAGAUGCAAUUGCGUGCAACAGUUUACCUGAGGCUAUCCAGCAAAUAUCUCAAGAUCACUUGAGAGACAAGGUUGAGCAAGUUUGGGUCAUCGGAGGUAGUUCCAUCUACCAGGCUGCAAUGGACUCACCAAACUUUUACAGGCUGUACUUGACAAGAGUAAAGAAGCACUUUGACUGCGACACCUUUUUCCCUGAAAUUCCAAAAGACUAUGCUCUAGUCAAGGAUCCAGAGGUGCCAGAAGGUAUCCAAGAAGAAAAGGGAAUCAACUUUGAAUACGAGGUCUACCAGAAGGCUUGAAGCCUCAAAAAGAAAUAUGAAAUGUAUAUAUACACACUUAAUGUACAAAGGUAGAUUUGAUACUUUGAAAUAAAGUUUUAUUUUUCUUACGAAA